UCCGCUGACUGUCUGUCACCGCACACGGAGCGGCGGCGGUGGCUCACAGUCACACACACUCCAGCCGACCCGCGAGGCAACCCUACCGGCUUCUGUUUCCCCUCCGUCCCGCUGACAUGAACCGGGAAGCGGUCGCUGUCGUCCUCGCCUCGCUUUAACUGGAGGCGACUUAUCGGAGAAACAUUCAACGGCAGGACCACCAGUAUUACCUUGGACGUUAAGAGCUUUUUUUUUUUUUUUCUUCUGCUUUUAUUUAUUUUUUAUCUUUCUUUAUAGUGUGAGUCCGCCAUGGCGAGUGACUCCCCGGCUCGGAGUCUGGAUGAAAUUGACCUGUCUGCUUUGAGGGACCCUGCUGGCAUCUUUGAGCUUGUGGAGCUGGUAGGAAAUGGCACCUACGGCCAAGUGUACAAGGGUCGCCAUGUUAAGACAGGCCAGCUGGCAGCCAUCAAGGUCAUGGAUGUCACCGGGGAUGAGGAAGAAGAGAUCAAAGCGGAAAUCAACAUGCUGAAGAAGUACAGCCACCACCGCAACAUCGCCACCUACUACGGAGCGUUCAUUAAGAAGAACCCCCCAGGGAUCGACGACCAGCUAUGGCUGGUCAUGGAGUUCUGCGGCGCCGGCUCGGUGACGGAUCUGAUCAAGAACACCAAGGGCAACUCUCUGAAAGAGGAGUGGACGGCCUACAUCUGCCGAGAGAUCCUCAGGGGGCUGACUCAUCUCCAUCAGCACAAGGUCAUCCACCGAGACAUCAAGGGACAGAACGUCCUGCUGACGGAGAACGCCGAGGUCAAACUAGUGGACUUUGGCGUUUCGGCCCAGUUGGACCGCACGGUGGGAAGGAGGAACACGUUUAUCGGGACGCCGUAUUGGAUGGCGCCGGAGGUGAUCGCCUGCGACGAGAACCCCGACGCCACGUACGAUUUCAAGAGCGAUUUAUGGUCACUGGGCAUCACGGCCAUCGAGAUGGCUGAAGGAGCGCCGCCGUUGUGCGACAUGCACCCCAUGAGAGCCCUCUUCCUCAUCCCGCGGAAUCCCGCGCCAAGACUCAAGUCAAAGAAAUGGUCGAAGAAGUUCCAGCUGUUCAUCGAGAGCUGCCUGGUGAAGAGCCACGGCCAGAGGCCCAGCACCGAGCAGCUCCUCAAGCACCCGUUCAUCAGGGACCUGCCCAACGAGAGGCAGAUCCGCAUCCAGCUCAAGGACCACAUCGACCGCACCAAGAAGAAGCGAGGCGAGAGAGACGAGACCGAGUACGAAUACAGCGGCAGCGAGGAAGAGGACGAGGAACGGGACACGGGUGAACCCAGCUCCAUCAUCAACAUCCCCGGCGAGUCGACCCUGCGGCGGGAUUUCCUGCGCCUGCAGCUAGCCAAUAAGGAACGCUCGGAGGCGCAACGACGGCAGCAGCUGGAGCAGCAGCAGAACGAGGAGCACAAGCGCCUGCUGCUGGCCGAGAGGCAGAAGCGCAUCGAGGAGCAGAAGGAGCAGCGGCGCCGCCUGGAGGAGCAGCAGCAACGCGAGCGCGAGCUGAGGAAGCAGCACGAAAGGGAGCAGAGGAGGCGAUACGAGGAAAUGGAGCAGCUCCGUAGAGAGGAGGAGCGGCGGCACGCCGAAAGAGAACAGGAGUAUAUCCGUAGGCAGCUGGAAGAGGAGCAGAGGCAGUUAGAGAUUCUCCAGCAGCAACUUCUACAGGAACAGGCGCUUCUGCUGGAGUACAAGCGCAAGCAGGUGGAAGAGCAGCGGCAGGCCGAGCGUCUGCAGAGGCAACUCCAGCAGGAACGGGCCUACCUGGUCUCGCUGCAGCAGCAGCAGCAGCAGCAGCAGGAGGGGCGGCAGGCGGAGAAGAAACAGCUCUACCACUACAAAGACGUCGCCCAUCCCAACGACAAGCCGGCCUGGGCUAAAGAGGUGCCACCGCAAGCACAGGUUCAGCGCGGUAACCCGCCCCGCUCGAACCUGCGCCAUCAUCAGUCAUUCAAUCAACCGCCUUCGUGCUCCUCCCCGGCGGCCCGCCACGGCCAGCCCCGAGCUCAAAUCCCUAGACGCACGCCGUCCGUGGGCGGCCAGAUCCUCCGCAUAGCGCUCGACCCCGAGGUCCCCCUCGACCCGGGGCUAAAGCGGGAGAUAAGUCAGCAGGUCAGAGAGUUGAGGGCUCAGAACCGCAGUCAGAGGAAGCGCAGCCCGACCGGCGUCAAGGAAGACGCUAAGGCGCCUCGUAACCCCGAGAAAGAAGCUCCCGGUCCCGUGCCGCUCAGACAGUCCAAGUCCCCAGGCAGGCCCCUCUCUGCUCCCAGUCACGCUGACAUCUCAGAUGUUCUUACUAAGGGCCCAGCGCAGGUCCAAAAACUGGUGGAGGAGAGGUCAAAGCUGAACAGGCAGAGCUCUCCGGCGCUGCAGCCUAAAGUGUCGAACCGGAUGUCCGACCCUUCCCUCCCUCCCCGAUCCGAGUCCUUUGGUAGCGGCGGCAUGCAGGCCGCCCGAACUCCACCCGUCCACCGUCCCGUUGAACCCCAGAUGGCCCACCUGGUUCCGGUCAAGACGCACUCCAGCUCCAUGUCGGGUUCUCAGUCCCUGCAGGACCAGACGGGAGGCGCUCUGAGCGAGGGCAUGGUCCUCAGGCCCGACAUCCCCCGCCAGAACUCCGACCCGACUUCUGACAUCCAAAGUCCGCCACUUUGUAUCGCCGAGCGAGAUCGGGACAGGAGCCGGCGAAGAGAGGAAGACCUGCCGCCCAAGCUCCGAGAAUCCCAAUCGAUCCCUCAGAGGACCACCUCCAUCUCCCCAGCCUUGGUCAGGAAGAACUCCCCCAAUGGCGGUGUCGGUUCUGGGCCUCCAACAGGAUCUCAUCUUAUACGAGCGAGUAACCCAGAUCUGCGCCGUUCCGAGCUCUCCCUAGACGCGAUGCUGCAAAGAACUUCCUCCAACUCCUCGUCGUCUUCGUCGCCCUCGUCCCAAGGAGGCUCGGUGGAGAGGAGAGGUCAGAGACAGGAGACCUCGCCGUUGGGAGCCAAUCAGGAGGCCAGAUCCAAACAGGAGGAGGGCCGCGAAUCAAGCCGACCCAGCAGGCCCGCGGACCUCAGCGCUCUGGCUAAGGAACUGCGAGAGUUGAGGGUCGAGGAGGGGAACCGGCCUCCUGUUAAGGUGACGGACUAUUCGUCGUCCAGCGAGGAGUCGGAGAGCAGCGACGAGGACGGCGAGCCGGUGGGACACGACGGCACCGUGGCCGUUAGCGACAUCCCUCGUAUCAUGCCAGCCGUGCAAAGCAGCGGCGAGUCUUACGGAGGACUGAGCGAGGGGCCGGAGCCUUACAGCAACUCCAAAGAUGGCACGCUGGUCAUGAGAGAGGCCGAGGAAAAGAGGCGAGGCAGCCACGCCGAGAGCAACGGGUUUGGGAAUCACGGUAACCACGGCAACCUACCCGACCUGGUACGGCAGAGCAGCUCGCCCACAGCCCCGCCCACCGCCCUGCAGGAGCUGGGAGACAUGCCCGAGUUCGGUCUUGGCGGUUGCAAAGCGUCCUUCACCCCGUUUGUGGACCCCCGCGUCUACCAAACGUCCCCGAGCGACGAAAAUGAGAACUCGGCAGCUGCCAUGUUUGCCAGCGAGCUGCUGCGGCAGGAACAGGCCCGCCUCAACGAAGCCAGGAAGAUCUCGGUGGUCAACGUCAACCCCACCAACAUCCGACCGCACAGCGACACGCCCGAGAUCCGCAAGUACAAGAAGCGUUUCAACUCGGAGAUCCUUUGCGCCGCCCUCUGGGGUGUGAAUCUGCUGGUGGGGACGGAGAACGGCCUCAUGUUGCUCGACCGAAGCGGCCAGGGGAAAGUUUACAACCUGAUCACCAGGCGGCGUUUCCUUCAAAUGGACGUGCUGGAGGGCCUCAACGUGCUCGUCACCAUAUCGGGGAAAAAGAACAAGCUGCGCGUUUACUACCUGUCCUGGCUGAGGAACAGAAUACUGCACAACGACCCGGAAGUGGAGAAGAAGCAAGGCUGGAUCACCGUCGGGGAGCUGGAAGGAUGCGUGCAUUAUAAAGUUGUGAAGUACGAGAGGAUCAAGUUCCUGGUGAUUGCCCUGAAGAACUCGGUGGAGAUCUACGCCUGGGCCCCUAAGCCCUACCACAAGUUCAUGGCCUUUAAGUCGUUCGCCGAGCUGCAGCAUCGUCCUCAGCUGGUGGACCUGACCGUGGAGGAAGGCCAGAGGUUGAAGGUCAUCUACGGCUCCAGCGUGGGCUUCCACGUCAUCGACGUCGACUCGGGCAACCCGUACGACAUCUACAUCCCGUCACACUGCGCCAAAGAGACCAAGAUUCAGAGCCAGGUGUCGCCGCACGCCAUCGUGGUGUUACCCAAGACGGACGGCAUGGAGAUGCUGCUGUGCUACGAGGACGAGGGCGUCUACGUCAACACUUACGGCAGGAUCACCAAAGACGUUGUGCUGCAAUGGGGGGAAAUGCCCACCUCUAUUGCUUACAUCCACUCCAAUCAAAUCAUGGGCUGGGGCGAGAAAGCCAUCGAGAUCCGCUCGGUGGAGACGGGCCACCUGGACGGAGUCUUCAUGCACAAGAGGGCCCAGAGACUCAAGUUCCUGUGCGAGCGCAAUGACAAAGUGUUCUUUGCAUCGGUGCGCUCAGGAGGCAGCAGUCAAGUGUUUUUCAUGACCCUCAAUAGGAACUCCAUGAUGAAUUGGUGAUGGCCCCGUCCCCUUGGUCCAGCCUCGCUCUCCCAUUGACUGUUGACCUCGUCCUCCUUUUUGCACACCGCUCCUCUUCCUCCUGCCGCCUUGCCCUCAUGACUUGAAACAAACGCCAACAGGGAAGCGGAGGGACCACUUGAUCUUCUUCUUCCUCCUUCUCUUCCUCUUCCCACCAAUCCAAAAGAUCACGUCCGUGUCCCUUUACGCCGAAAAUCGCACACUUCCAACCGACCUCCUUCACGGCCUUCCUCUCCUCUCCUCUUUGUCGUCUUUCCACUCUUCAAAGGUGCUGCAUCAGUCUUGAGCUGUCAAUCAACAAAGAGCGUCUGUGUGAGACUUUACAGCACACGCCUGUCCCUGGGAAAAAAAAAAAAAAAAGUGCAUACGUAAUUCCGAGAUCCAAGUCUCGGUGAGGGGGUUCUACGUAUUUUUUCUUUUUUAUUGUAGUUGCGUUGGAUUCGCGCUAACACAUUUGGAAUUGUUUGGUUAAUUAUGGCUAGUGACAGAGGAGCUAACGAACACCUCAAACCAUGUCGUCGUGUACUGUACUAAAAAAGGCUGUAGAUGCACAACAGGCUAACGGUUUAGCAAUAAAGAGCCAAGCGGGCUUCCCACUGUGCGCCGCCGUGUGUGUGUUGUCCCAGUCAUCACACUGAGAACUCGCAGACAAAACUUCUGUAACGUUUUAUUUUUGUGUUUUCAUUUUCCUUUUUUUAAAAAAAAAAAAAAGACUAAUCAUUCUGUUUGAGGAUUUGUUUUGUUUUGUAAGAGACACUGGAAGAGAAAUAAAUGCAAGAGUAGAGCCAUGA